AGCCGGACCUCGUCAUCACCGAAAAGGGCGUCUCAGACUAUGCCCAGCACUUCCUUUACAAGGCGAACGUGACCGCACUCCGCCGGGUGCGCAAAAUGGACAACAACCGGAUCGCGCGCGCGGUCGGCGCGACGAUCGUAAACCGCGUCGAGGACCUUCGCCCGUCCGACGUCGGGACCAAGUGCGGGCUGUUCUCGGUCGAAAAGAUCGGGGAUGAGUACUUCACCUUCCUCACGCAGUGCAAGGAGCCGCAAGCAUGCACGGUGCUCCUCAGGGGGCCGUCCAAGGACGUGCUGAACGAGAUCGACCGGAAUCUCGCGGACGCGAUGUCCGUCGCGCGCAACGUCUUCUUCGACCCUACGCUCGCACCAGGCGGCGGCGCGACGGAGAUGGCGAUCUCGGUCGGGCUCCAGCAAAAGGCGCGGAGCGUGACGGGCGUCGAGGGCUGGCCGUUCCGCGCCGUCGCGGACGCGAUGGAGGUCAUCCCGCGCACGCUCGUCCAGAACUCGGGUGGGAACGCGAUCCGCGUGCUCACCGAGCUCCGGGCAAAGCACGCCAACGGGGAGCACUCGUGGGGCAUCAACGGCGAAACGGGCAAGGUGGCGGACAUGAAGACGUACGGCCUGUACGAGUCUGCGAGCGUCAAGGUGCAGACGCUCAAGACCGCGAUCGAGGCCGCGCGAGUGCUG